GCCAACAUUCAAGACCAACAACAUUUCUAAAGCGCUAUGCUUAAAAUCAUGACCUCGUUUACGUUGCUUUGUAUUCUCGCGUUGGCUGCAGCGGCCGCACUUGUUGACGGCGCUGCCCAGCCAAUGACCGGGGAGCCACGCGCGAUCCCUCAAAACAGAACCGAUGUCGUGAGGGCAGCACGUUUUGCCGUUGCUAACUUCAACGAAGCCAAUAUCGACGAUAUUUAUGCAUACAAAAUUCUUAACAUCACUUCGGCCAAAAUCCAGAUAGUUGCAGGCGUUAACUACAUACUGGACGUCCGCCUGGGACGAACCUCUUACAAGAGAAGCACCCCUUCAACUGAGCAGUGUGUUCUGCAGACCCAAGUGAAGGUCUUUUUCGUCCGGGACCACAGAUUCCUCGUAGCAACCCUCACAUCACUACACAAGAACUGCUUCUGUGAAGUGUUUGAUGGGGGCUCAGAGGCUGCGUCCUGGCGACCUACGACCCCAGCGGGAGAGGCCCGUGUGACACUUGACCCCUGACUGGAUGUGCGGCUGACCCCUUGAGGAUACGGUCGCAACAAUGGAAGGCACGUGCCGUGGCCCCGUCACCAUGGUAACAAUGGACCUUUGGGGACAUGGGGGGGGGGGGGGCAUUAGGGUGGGGUGGUCCCUUUCAGGGUGUCCAGGCGGAUCCAUGUUAACCAUCUGCUGCCAAUUGACUCCGGUAGGUGCUACAUUGUAGUGCACGUACGUGUGUGUGCGUGGGGGUGUCCCUUUUUUUAUGUGUGCGUGUUUCCUCUUUGUGUUUUUGUGUGUUCUGUUGGUCCUGUUUGUGUGUCGGUGUGUGUGUGUGUGUGUUC